GCCCCAUUGGAGGCUAUAAUUACCUCGAGACGAUUAUUACAAAGAUGGCUACCAAGAUUAAGGAUCACUUGUCAUCAAGAAAGCUACCCAUCCAAGACUACCGUGAUGAACUCAUCAAGGCGGUGGAGAAGAGUCAAUGUGUGGUGAUUACAGGGGAAACAGGCUGUGGUAAAACAACACAACUUCCACAGUAUUUGAAAGAGGCUGGUUUGGCUCGACAUGGCAUAAUCGGGGUGACACAACCAAGACGUGUGGCCGCUAUUUCUGUUGCUCAUCGUGUUGCAGAGGAAGUAGGAUCUCGAGUUGGAAUGUCUGUAGGCUACAAGGUUCGAUUCGAUGACAUGACUGACUCGUCUAGAACGAUAAUCAAAUACAUGACGGAUGGUUGUUUGCUCCGAGAGUUUCUGGAUGAUCAGGAGUUGUCGCUGUACAGUGUGGUUGUCUUGGAUGAAGCUCACGAGCGAAGCUUAGCGACGGACAUUCUGUUUGGUUUAGUCAAGAAACUGUUACAAAUGCCAUUCUCUGAGAUGAAGAAGAGGAAGGAUGCUCUCAAGGUGGUCGUCAUGUCUGCUACCCUCGAUGUGACCAAGUUUUCUCAGUUUUUUGAUUCCUGCCCAGUUUUUACAAUCCCUGGGAGAGUGUUCCCUGUUGACGUUCGCUAUUGCUGCUCUGAUGAUAGUUUUGACACCAAGAGACUCACCUACCUGUCUCAAAUGACACGUACUGUGAUGAGUAUCCACCUGGAGCAGCCUGAAGGAGACAUCCUCGUGUUUCUGACUGGACAAUCGGAGAUCGAGAACAUUUGUAAUCGGCUGUUCAAAGCUGCUGAGGCUGUUGACUACAAUCAUGAUGUUGAGUGCAAGGAUGUGAGGGGUGUACUGAUAUUGCCUCUGUAUGGUGCUCUUCCCAGUGAACAACAGCAGAGAGUGUUCAAGCGUGUCGAACCUGGGAUUCGGAGAGUCAUAGUUGCCACUAACAUUGCAGCUACCUCAUUGACGAUUGACGGAGUUGUGUAUGUUGUCGAUUCUGGAUUUGUGAAACAGCUUGCGUAUAACCCCCGUACUGGACUGGACAGUCUAGAUAUAGUGCCGGUAGCCAAAUCUGAGGCCAUCCAGCGAUGUGGUCGAGCUGGGAGAACUAAACCGGGGCAUUGUUAUCGCCUCUUCAGUCGCAAGUUUUACGAUAGUUUGGAGGAGACAACUGUCCCUGAGAUACAGCGAUCGAGUCUCACGAGUGUUGUGUUGGACCUAAAGUGUAUGGGCAUACCGAAUGUCGUUGAGUUCAGUUACCUUGAUCCACCAGAGGAGAAGAUGUUACUGGAAGCCUUACGUCAACUCUACUACUUUCAAGCUAUCGAUGAGAAUGGUGUUGUUACUGAGUUAGGACAUAGACUAGUAGAAUUCCCACUCCAGCCCAGUUUAGCACGAGCGCUAAUUCGAUCAAAGCAACUCGCUUGUGAAGAUGCAAUACUUCCAAUUGUGUCCAUGCUGUCAGUUGAGAGUAUCUUCGUUCGACCUUCAAACAAGAAAGAGGCUGAGCGUGCAAUGAAAGUUCAUAAAGAGCUGGCAGAGGCUGCUGGGGGAACGAGCGACUUUGCAACACUUUUGGCAAUCUACAAGAUGGCAACUGACAGUGGUAAUCUUCGAGAAUGGUGCAAGGAACACUGCGUUCACAUGAGAGGAAUUAAAACCGCACGGAGUAUUUGUGACCAGCUCGAUUCCAUUCUAACCAGGCAAAAAGUGAACAUCGACAAAGAUCUCACCAUACCUUUAGGACAGAGAGCGAGACAAGCCUUGUGCUACGGCCUCUUCUGCAAUACAGCUCGUGUGUCCGGCAAUCGACGAAGCUUUCGAACCAUGGAUGGACAUUGCACCUCUGCUUACAUCCACCCUGGCUCCUCCCUGUUUGGCUCAGAAGAAUCACUUGACUGGAUUGUCUAUUUCGAACUUGUGGAGACCACAAAGACAUACAUGAGAACAAUUUGCCCGAUACGCUACCAGUGGGUUCAAGACCUUCUCCCUCAGCUGCACAACAUUGAUGUGUACCGAUUGAGCGACUGUGAGAAGAAAAGGGAAAGAAAAGAUAGCGAUGGUGGGGAUGCUCAAGCUCCACCAACGAAAAGACGUUUGUCCGAGGCGGCAGGGGAUGCAUCACAAGAUGGAGACAAGAAACGAGAAGAACUGAAACAAAGAGCAGCUUCUGCCAAAGAAAGAUAUCUAGCGAGAAAGACUGCACAGACUUACUGAAACUGUAUAUUGAUUACUUAUAAUUAUACCACUAUGUAUGUGUGCACAACAUUUACAUACAUGUUCAUGAUAACUGCUAA